AUGCAGUGCUUUCCGGGAGACUUGCACAGCGGCCCGAGCUUCUGCGCGCCCAGAGCCUCGCAGCAGGCAUCCACGGCGGCACCCACCAGCGCCGGACUGCUGCCGGACCGCGACGGGCUGCCGGCACAUGCCGGCACGCCGCGCGCAUGCGCCUCCACAUGCCCGGAGCAGCACCCGGCGCCGCUCGCGGCGGCUGCCGCAACAGGAGCCGCGCCGCUGCGUUCAUGCGCUUGCAUCUGUCCAUGCUCAAAGCAGCAGCCUGCAGCACUUGCCGCAGCGGUUGCGCUUGCGGCAGCAGGUGCCGCCAGGCCGCGGUCAUGUGCCCCGCUGCCGCGCGCAGCCGCGCCGCAGCAGCCGGCUUUCGGCGCCGCGCUGCCGGCCGAGACGCUGCCGCAACAGCCGCCGGUCUUUGGCUUCGGUGGCACUGAGCUGCUGCAGCUGUGCUCGCCUGCACGCUUGGGAGUGCUGCCUCCGGCAGCAGUGGUGGCGGCUGCGGGAGAUUGGCUGCCGUACUUGGCGGCCGGGGAGCAGCAGUCGCUAGCGGACGCAUCUGACCUGCUGCCCUUGCUGCAGCCAGACUUUGCGUCUGACGAGCAGCAGCUGCUGCCUGAUUUGGCACCUGCACUGCAGCUGGGUUUGGCAGCGCCGCAGCAGCCGUCAGAUUUGGCGGCAGCGGCUGACGCGGCGCCGGAAGUGGAGGCUGGAGAGCAGCAGCUGUUCGUCACUUGGACCUUCUUGCUGCAGCAAGGAGUGGCAGCCGAAGAGCAGCAGCUUUUGCCUGUCUUGGCGCUUGCACCGCAUCCAGAUUUGGCGCCGACGGCGGCCGUGCCUGCUUUGGCGGCGCAGCAGCCGCCAGAUUUGGAACCGCAGCCAGACCUGGCAGCGGCUGAUGUGGCGCCUGCGCAGCAGCCAGAGUUUAACUAUUUGCAGCACUCAGGCGGCUGA